UAGAGUUCUCACUGCGAGUGUUUCCGCUCACCUAAAAUAAAGAGCUGGCGAGCCGAGGAGGACCAGGAACAACAGAGCAGCACUGACGGAACUAAAACGACGAAAACAUCACAUAUAUAUUUUUGGUGUUAUUUUGCCUCAUUCUGGUUUUGGGUGUCUCUAUUUUCACCACCGUUAAUGCCUCGAUUGUGAAGCAGUGAGAGGAGGGCUCGCGCUGGUAACCUUUGCGUUGGUUAAGCCGUAGAGGACUCUCGCUGGUCGCCGGAGGAAAAGAUGUGCGAUGGAAUGGUAGCGUUUCAGACGAGAGCCCUGUCCUCCUCCUCUUCCUCCUCCACCUCCUCCUCUCUAGCCCACAGGCUGGCUGCCUCCGCGCUUCUCCUGCUCUUCACCCUGCUCCCUCAUGGUCACGCAUCAGGUUGUGCGCGGCCACCUGGCGUGCAGCACGGAGACUUGCUGAACCAGACUGAAGCUAACCGGGGCUCCUUCCCCCCGGGCACCCUGCUGACUUAUGGCUGCGAGCCCGGCUACACUGCAGAUGGAGCCACCACCAUCAUUUGCACCAGCUCUGGAGCCUGGUCCCAUCAACCUCCAAGCUGUAUCAGAAGCAGCGUGUGUUCGCCCCCCACUGAGCCAGAGAACGGGGGCUACCGCUGUCACCCGUCUCCCUGCCACCGCCUCACCCAGAAAACCGUCAUCGAGUACUUCUGUGACGAGGGCUACGCUCUGAAGGGAGACUACAAGUUCCUCACCUGUCAGAACGGCGAGUGGGACGGUCCCAUGCAGAUUAGCUGCCGACUCACACAAGACAAGGAGCCGAGCUCUCCGCUGGGUAUUCCCGCUCUGUCUAUCGUGGCGUCCACAGCCAGUUCUGUGGCACUCAUCCUGCUGUUAGUGGUACUGUUUGUUCUUGUGCAGCCAAAACUCAAGUCCUUCCAUCACAGCAGGAGGGAGCAGGGCGUCUCAGGCCAGUCCAGCUCCAUCAUGGUCGAGGGCGUCCAGGUGACGCUGCCCUCCUAUGAAGAGGCUGUAUAUGGAAGCGGUGGACCCUGUGGUGCCUCUGGUCCUCCUCCUUCUCCACCACCUCCUCCGGCUCCUCCGGAGUCUCGAGUCCCGAUCGUGCUCUCCGAGGGGCUUCCUCAGGGAGCCACGGGAGGCCAAGGCCCCAGGAGAACCCGCCACCACAGAGACUUAGACUUCUGUCUCCCAUCCACGUCCUCCUCUUCAUCUUUCUCCUCACGCCGUCACGCAGAGACGGUACUGGUUCAUCAGGCCCCUUCUUCCUCCUCCUCUUCUUCAUCAUCAUGGGCUAGAGAGCACCCUGGGGGUGCAUGCGCAGGCCCUCUACCUCUCCGCAGAGACUCUGAGAGUAGCGACCAGCACAGUCUGCUUUCUGUCACCUCUACAGAUGAGUUUUCUGAUGAUAUUCCCCUGCUGAAGGAAGCAUGAAGCCUCCCAGCCCGCUAUCAGCAUCAGCAGCAGAGCCCUUAUUUCCCUAUCUCUCACUGCUGACCAGGACUGACUGUGGCUGUCUACCUACUCCCCCCCUUGACUCCCCUCAGCAGCCAGCAGAGAAAAGACUAGAACUAUGCCCCAUUCCCCCACGCAACCUCUUCUGCCAUCGCUACCAACCGCAGAGCAACAACCGAUACUCGCAACGAUGGAGCACCACUGGACCCCGCUGCUGGAUCAAAGACAAGCCGAGACAAACAAAAUGGUGCCAGCUCAACAUAAAUCCUGUAGAUCCUAUGUAUAUGUAAAACAUACACCCUGAGUCAAGGUUGUGUACUAUAGGCUAUGUAUCACCAUACACCUGCCUCCUCCUCUAAGGUGUAGCUCUCUAUAUAAACUCACCGGAGAAGGCUAUAGCAAUCGAGACACGUCGACUCUGUCUGGGAUUACUGCAGAUAGAAAAAAAUAAAACUUGUGAUGUUCGCUGCUGACACUGUGGGCGCUCAGAAUCAGAAUCGUCUUCCCGCUGUACUUGAAAAGUUGUGAGUGAUGGCUGUUUUUUUUUUUUUUUUGUGGCCCGCUUUGUGAAUGCUGCAUGUUGUUUUUAGUUAUUGCUGUCACAGCACGGUGGCCCACUCUGAAUGAAGCAUGAAGCCUCCUCCGUCUCUCCCUCUCUAGCUUUCUGUGAAUGCGGGUGGCGUCUAGCAUAUGGAUUAGUGGGAAUGAGAAGCACUUCACAGAAGCUAAAAGCAGGGCGCAGUGUUUUUUUGUUGUUUUUUUAAUAUGAAGCGCCAUAUCAUGACUAUAACGAAAAAAAAAAAACCCUGCUACUUUCUUUUCUGUUGCCAGCUGCACCUAGUAUCUGGAAGGUGCUCCUUCUGUGGCAUGAGUGGGAUUGAUUGGUGUGUUUGGUUCCAGGGUUGUGCCGUACGGAGAGGGAGACAUGAUGUCACAUUUUGUCUGAACAGCUGAGGAGAAGGAUGUCUUUCAUAGUGAUCGGGCUAAACUUCAACUUUUUGAAACCUUAGCAAACUGGCUUGAUUUCUUUCAAAAACGCGGGAAGAAAAUCAGCAACAAAAGAAACGACCCCAA